UUGGAAAGAUAUAAUAAGUUUGUUAAAUUGUAAAAACAAAGCGAAAAGGUACUAAUGCAAACAUAAUUUUACCAACCGGCAACAUGUUCGGAUACUUGUUUUUAUUACAAAUCAUAGGAGUUGUCAAUAGUAAAACAUGUUAUUACUACAGUAGCUAUUAUUCGUAUUAUUCAAAUCUGAGAAGCAAAUACUGUCUACUUGGCUGCUGUUCCAGUUAUUCAUCAAGUCCAUGUUGUUCCUCAUCAUCUUCAUCUUAUUAUAAGUACGACAUAGACAUAUACAGGACUAUAUCAACAGCAGAGACCAUAGGGAUAGUUAUCGGCAGUCUCAUUGCUUUGUCUAUUUUUAUUUCAAUCAUCACCUGUAUCUGCAGAAGAAUGAGACAGGGUGCGCAAGGUCAGGUACUAUCUCAACCGACAGUAGCAUACAUAACAACUACUGGAAGCACUGCCCCAUCAACAAACCCCCAAACUGCUUUCCAGCCAACAUUUGGAAGUAAUGUUAAUAUUAUGGGCAGCACUGAACAACUAAAUGUUAUCCCACCAAAUAAUGGAAAUACGGCUUAUCCACCAAGUACUGGAAACACAGUUUAUCCACCAAAUAAUGGAACUACAGCCUAUCCACCAAGCUACGACAACCUUGCUCAUGACAACGUGAAAGGAAGUGAAAGUUUUAUGAACGCAUGUACAUAGUUGAUGAAGGAUAAACGCACAUGUAAAAAACAUUCAUUAAUAUUCUUUAUUUAUUUAAAAAAAAAUAAUAAGUUUCGUAAUGUUUUCCAAAUAUUUUUGUAUGUAUAAUUUAGUAUGUAUUGUUAUUUUAAAAUAUUACUAAAUAUUGUGAACUUACUAGACGAAUGUAUACAUUGAUAAUUAUUGAAAUAACAAGUGUUACUUUUGUU